UGGAUGUCACACAGUCUUCAGACAGAGUUGGAUUCGGAUCGCCAUCGUCCUCGUCGUCGUCGGUUUUUUUUACAGACAACCUGCCGCCGGUCUCGUGGUCAAACUCUGUCUGGAUGUUGUCGUCCCACAUCCUAAGUUUUUAAUUGGUUUAUACAAAGUUUUAGGUUCUCCUAUUUUAUUUUUAUUUUGCGGGGCGAGUGUUGCUCAGAAAAUCGUAUCGCGUAGUGUAUAAUCAAGCUAUAUAAUCUGUUAUCUGUGUACCUUAUUUGUGAUAUCCUAACCAACAACCAACAAAAUAGUUUAAAAAACUUAACGAAUUUUGUUGCCUAAUAAUAAAAGCCAAGUUAACUACCAAAUAUAACUGUGCUUGAGUUCCAACUAAAGGACGAUUACAUAAUCGGCCACCACUACGAUAUGGAUUACGUAACUCUGGUGUGGCAUGCACUGUAAAUGAAAAUGCACAAACACAAACUCUACGAAAAUCGAAAUUAUAUGGCGACCAAGUGAAAAUCCCCCGCUGAGCAGAACGAGCCAACCCGAAAAUAGAGUCAUCAAAUUUGUGCUGGCUUCACGGAAAUUAACCGCCGCCGAUUCGCCACGCUUAUAUACACGGCAAUCCGCCGUGAAGUAGGCAACAAAAUAUAUUUAUGCGCCCAAGUGAUAACAGCGGAAAAGGCAGCGAAGCACAACAGGCACUGACUUUGGCCUAGGCGGAAGGACGAGACAGGACGAGACAGGACUCAGCGAUCCGGAGAGAGGGGAGGAGUCAGGACAGGAGUCGGGAAAAACCAGGGGUACGACCACAGCAUCGCCAUGAAGGGUCUGACGGCGUUUAAGGAGAAGGCGACGGGCGUGUUUGGCGGCCUGAAGCCCAAUAUGGAGAAGUUCGAGAUUUCGCAGGGUUAUCAUGGAGGUCAUGGGGGCUACGAGGAGAUGGAGGGGGGCGACCGGGAGGGCCGGGGACCGGGCGGCGGACACGCCUACGACGACGACGACGACCGGCCCGACUCGCCCGCCUCCUUCGAGGAGAUCGAGCGCCCGCCGCUCCGGAAGAUCGACAAGUACUGCAAGGCGGAGUGUCCUUGCAUGCCGGCCCGCUACACCAUCGCCACCAUGGCCUGCGUGGGAUUCAUGAUCGCCUUCGGGAUGAGGUGCAACAUGUCGGCGGCCAAGCUCAAAGGAGAGCACAACGGGACUGUAUUCAUGAACUGGACGGUCGCCGUGGAGAGCCAUGUGGACUCGUCCUUCUUCUGGGGCUACCUGGUGACGCAGAUUCCCGGCGGCUUCAUCGCCUCCAAGUUCCCGGCCAACAAGAUAUUCGGCCUGUCCAUCGUGAGCUCCGCCACACUGCAUCUCUUCGUGCCAUUCGCCAUGACCCUGAUGCACGGUCAUGUGGUGAUUUGCGUGAGGGUCCUGCAAGGACUCUUCGAGGGCGUUACGUAUCCGGCUUGUCAUGGCAUCUGGCGCUUCUGGGCGCCGCCCAUGGAACGUUCCCGACUGGCGACGUUGGCCUUUUCCGGUUCCUAUGCCGGCGUGGUGGUGGGACUUCCGCUUUCCGGUCUCCUAGCGGAUACCGUGGGCUAUCAAGCGCCCUUCUACGCCUACGGGGUGUUCGGAAUCAUCUGGUAUAUGUUCUGGAUAUGGUUGUGCUUCGAGAAUCCCCGGAAACAUCCGGCCAUCAGCAUACCCGAGCUGAAGUACAUCGAGAAAUCGCUCGGGGAGUCUGCUCAUCCGACGAUGCCAUCCCUGAAAACCACUCCUUGGCGAGAGAUGAUGCGUUCGAUGCCGGUGUACGCCAUCAUUGUGGCCAACUUCUGCCGCUCCUGGAACUUCUACCUCCUGGUGCUGUUCCAAUCCUCGUUCCUCAAGCACAAGUUCGGUUUUAAGGUGGAGGAGGCGGGCUUCGUGGGCUCCCUGCCCCACUUGAUCAUGACCACGAUAGUUCCCUUUGGCGGCAUGUUGGCGGAUCACCUGCGAAAGAAUGGCAUCCUGUCCACCACCAAUGUGAGGAAGCUCUUCAACUGCGGCGGUUUUGGGAUGGAGGGCUUGUUUUUCCUAUUCGUGGCGCAUUCCUCAACGGCGACGGGAGCCAUGUUUGCCUUGACCUGCGGCGUGGCCUUCAGUGGCUUUGCCAUAUCCGGCUAUAAUGUCAAUCACCUGGAUAUUGCUCCUCGUUAUGCUAGUAUCUUGAUGGGUUUGUCCAACGGCAUUGGCACACUGGCUGGCAUCAUUGUGCCCUACGCUUUGGAUGGACUUAUACAGGCUAAUCCCACUGGCUGCUGGACCACAGUGUUUACCCUGGCCGCCUGUGUUCACUUGGUUGGAUGCACUUUCUAUGGUAUCUUCGCUUCCGGGGAGCUGCAGCCUUGGGCGGAACCCCCAGCAGAGGAGCAAAAGGUGUGGGCACCACCACCAGGUGCCAUUACCAACACGGAUCCUAGUCAGGCGGGCAUGUUGGGCGACUACAUGAAGGAAACCUCUUUUGGUGCCCCCGAGUACAAUGAGCAGAGCCAAAUGCAGCAGUCGAAUGCCAUUAGCUACGGCGCCACAGGACACGUGGCCAACAAUCCCUUCGCCAUGGCCGGAGGUGUUGCACCACCGAUUGCAGAGGAGGAUGCCCCACCGACCUACGGGGAUGUUACCGAUCCGGGACAGUAUGGAUACACGCAAGGACAAAUGCCGUCCUACGAUCCGCAGGGCUACCAGCAGCAGCAGUAAUGGGUCACUGAUAUAUAUCAUAGCUUUUAGUUGUAGUCGGAAAUCGUUUGAAGUUUAUUGUUUGUUCUUGGUGUGCCGUUAAAGAUUUCCCCCCAUUUCUCUCUACCCAUUUGUUGAGUUCCAUCGCUGAAGGAUCCUGAAAGCCUUUCGGAGUUUUUGAGUAUAUUAACUAAAGAGUAACGAAUUUGUCAGCGAAUUAGGGGAUUCCACAUGCCACACUAACACAAUGAAACUAUGUACCUAACAGAGAAACUACAUAUGCAUUACACAUCAAUACCGAUAGCCAUUAACAUUACCGUUAGCCCACAUAGACCCAAACUGGCCUAAUCGAUCUAUAUAGCAUAUAUACUGUUAAGGCCUCGCUUGCGCGAAUUUCUAUUUACAAGCUCCGAAAUCCAAAUCGAAACUGCAACACAAGAUAGGGAAAGAACUGGAAAAAUAAUCAACACUUGUGUAUAUCAUAUAUCAUCACAUAAUCCACACAAAGCCUAUAAUAAUUAUAUUUAAAUCGGUAUAAUCGUAUAUAUAUAGCCAAAGAUUGUUGUUGAACUGCAAACUGCAAGUUUUAUUACCGUUGAUGAUAUUAUCUUCCGUGUAAAGAGAACAUUUUAAUCAAACCCAAGCAAUUGUUGAUGUUCGGCACGAAUGAUAACCCUAAAAAGUACUAGCUAAUCAAAGAGACAUAAUAAUGUUCUGUUAACUAACUAUUGUUUAUGUUUGACUUUUUUAGUUACAAGUUAAUGCACCGUAUGCUUAAAAUUACAUGAGCAGGGCAUGAUAUAGAUACUGAAUACAAACCACUAAAGUAGUUAGCCGUAGGCGCAUAUAACCUCAGACUUGGUCUUCAUAUGCUCACUACAUUAAAAUAAUAAUAAGCAAAAGGAACACCUUAAAUAAAUAUUUAAAGAGGUCGAGUUUGAGUUUCCUUGCCAAAAAUGUUGUACAAUAAAGAUUUUUCUUAACUUUACUUUUUAAAAUAUGUCCCUAAGAAAUUUAAUCGUUAUGGAUGGUUAAACCUUUUCUGAAGUAACUUUUUGGCUUGGAAAUUCAAAUAUUCUAAUUUAUUAUAAAAACUUUAUUUAACAUAAAGUAUUUGUAUUUUUUUGUAAAAAUUAAAUAACUCAAUACUAUCCCUAUUAAAUCUCUCUAAAGUAAUAAAUUUAAACAUUUUCGAAAUAUUUAGUAGACUGUAAAUAAAUUCGGCGUUAAGUAAUUUUAAUAUAAUUUAAUAAAUUAAUGCACCAUACUUGAUUUAAGAGCACAACUUUAACUUACAAAAUGCACUGUUAUUCCUUAUUUUGUUCAGUUUAUAGCACCUUUUCUAAAUUUUAUUUUAGUUAAUAAUUUAAAUUAAUACCUUAAAUAAUAACUGUCACACAAAACAUAUUUAGACGCACUUACUUUCGCACUGUUCAAUUGAAUAUACAAUUUACAAAAAAUAAUUUCUAAUCGUCUGUAUAUUAUCCAAACGUAUUUAACUAGCCACAAAUAUAAUAAAUAACUAUAUAAAGGUAAUUUAAAUUAUUCACAUUUAAAUCACUAUGUAUUAAAAACGUGAACAUUUUCUAACUAAAAGAGUCAAUUCUAAUACCGUAAUUUGUACAGCGCAGCGAAUAAAUACUCACGCAAAUACUCGUAUAGCAACUUUAACAUAGCUAAUAUAUAUUACAAUUUUAAAUGUUUUUGGAUAGAGGUUCCAAUUGAAGAAAACAAUACUGCUUGUGUGAGCGACAAUACCUACUGAAGUAAGCCUAGUUAAUAGUUAAUCGUUUAUAUUCAUCUAUUAUUAUAAUUUAUUUACUGAUUUGAUUAUAGGCUCAAAUUUUUAAACGAAUGCUUCGCGCAGGCAAUUAAAAAUGUUGGCCACUGGGGCGUAUGUGUAAUAUUAGAAUAGUUAAAAACCAUUCUGUACAUAAAACCAUUUUAUCAAUUGAGUAUGGCUCUUUUAAUCGCGAGAUUACAAAAUUAGAGACAAAAUCUUAUGGAUUUGACUUUUCUUCUAUUAUUUGUUUCGUUUUUGAGAGAUACUCAAGCUCUCGGGGCUGUGUGGACAAUAAUGACAUAAAUAUGUUAACCAGAAAGCCACGGUUAUAACUUUUGCUUGCUAAGAUAUGAAAAUAAUGAAAAUCCCUUCACAUAACAGUUUGUAAAUAAAUGAAGUGUAUCUCGUAGUUGAACGCCAUCAUUAAAUGCUUUUGUGAGUAAUUUAAGUGUACAUAAAGCCACAAAUAAACCGAAGCAUAACUAAAUCUUAAACGAGCGCAACUUUAAUAGAGUUAAACCAUCAGUUUUUGCUAUUACCAGUCAGUCACACCAGAACAGGUUACAUCUAGGGUAUUUUAACUACUAGCCAAACAUAAAUGUUGUGCGUGGAAAUAAACUACAAAACGCUAAGAAAAUGCAUACACUUUCAUACAGAAAUAUAGGCGCACAAAUACAAAACAGAUAUAUGCUAUUAACAUAAAUCAUAAAUAUAUUCAAAUCAUAUAGGGGCUGUCUCCACAGAACCUUUGAAAUAUUGAAAACAGAUGUAGUAAUGAUAUUACCGCUAUACUUAAACCGUGUAUAUAAUUAGAAACAAAAUAUUCUUUGUGUUUACUGAGAGUUCUGUAUACAAAAUAUAAAAAAUAUUAAAUCAAAAUUAAAAUUAUUAAACACAAUCGGAGAUCCCUUUUCUGGCAACACCCGCCCAUGUUGUAUAAUUUGUAUGGUAGCUAAACCAAGUUAAGAUAAACACCUACUUAUAUAUUUCAGUGUAUGCUCAUUAACAAAGAAACCGAAUAAAUAUUCCUAAACAUAAACGAGUAAAUAAGACUCAAGACACAGGAAACCCAGUACUUAUUUAAAAACAGCUUAAAUUUGGUUAAACGAAAUAAUGAUACAAACCUCUUGCAUGAGAUCCGGCUAUACGAAUACCGAAUAUUUGAAGGUCAUGAAAAAAGAACAAAAUUAUACCCAAUGAAAUGUAUUUGGAAUUCAAUAAAACGAACAUGUUAAAAAUUA